AUGAAGUACUCACCUUGGUCGCUAUUCCUUUCAGCCUCACUCUUGGGGGGUACUGAAGCACAGAAUCUGGCUCUAGCUUUGCCUUUCUCUACAGGCUUUAACUCAUCUUUCUCUCUUUCACCUGCCCAGAUCAAAGGAGCUAAUCUUUCAGACACUGUAGCCAGCAGUGUCAAUACUGUUAUCAAUUUCCAUCAAUCCAGUCUUGCCAACGGCGGCCCAAAGCAAGAUGACUUCUAUACUCUCCCUGUGAAACGAACCGAUCUUCGACCUGGUCAGGUCCUCAAGGUGCAGGAAGUAACAGAACCAGCUCCAUUCUCGAUCGCACCUGGAUCGUCACUGAGCAGGAUUCUUUAUACAACUCGUAACUUCAACGGAACGAUUAUUCCUGCAAGUGCGUAUAUCCUCUGGCCGUUUCUACCCCGUCAAUUCAACAGCAAGUCGGACGAUAAAGCUCCCGCGAUUCUUUGGGCUCAUGGAACGUCUGGCUUCUUUAUAGACUCAGCACCUUCCACUCAUCGUGGUCUCUACUACGAGAACGUGGUCCCUCUGGCCCUCGCACAAGAAGGCUAUGCAGUUGUCGCGCCCGACUAUGCCGGUCUCGGAGUAGACAAGUCAUGGGAUGGCAGUGAUAUUCCACAUCAGUAUUUUGCUACCCCAGCUGGUGCACAGGACACUCUCUUUGCUAUGGAAGCUGCACUUGAGGUAUUCAGCAACCGCCUUAGUGGGAAGUUUGCCAUUAUGGGCCAUAGUCAGGGCGGCGGGGUUGCCUGGGGUGCAGCAGAAGCACUAGCUAAAGGAAAGGAUAUCAGUGGAAGAAGGGCUUUCGUAGAGCUCUUGAAGGGCUACGUUGGCACCAUUUCGAUUGCACCCGUCACGAAACCUUUAUCUACUCCUCGACUCUUCAGCAGCUACAGUGCAUCCAUAGCGUUAUCAAGCAUCUUUCCCGACUUCAAGCCCAGCCAGUGGCUCACCCCACUGGGUGUCGCGAGACAAAAGCUGAUGAAGCAGAUCGGAGGAAGCGUUGCAGCUGGACAGCAGCUAUUCUUCACUGAAUCGCAAAGCGUAUUCGAGAAACACGAUUGGUACAACUCUUCUUACCACGCUGCUGCCUUUGAUAAGCUCGGUAUUGUCGGAGAUAAACCAUUUGCAGGCCCUCUUUUGGUGAUUCAGGGCUCCGAGGAUGUUUUCAUCGCGGCUACGACUACCAAUGAAACCAUCACAGAUACCACGAAUCUAUAUCCGAACGGCUCGUUGAGUUAUAUAUAUGUUGAGAAGUUCGGUCAUACUCCUAUCAUCUCAGGUGUCCGAAGCCUCUGGAUGGCGUGGCUAGAGGAUAGAUUCCAGGGCAAGAAACAGCAAAGAGGACUGGAAAGAACAUAUGUCAAGGGAUGGCUGGGCGAUGAUAAGCCCUUCUUUGGAAGCAACGGAUAUCUUCAGUGGAGCGGAGCACCAGAGUAUACGUAUCAGAACCCGGGGGCAGUCUAG